AUGCAGAUCUCAAGCCUUACCUUCAUCGUUACAGCCCUUCUUGUCAACCUCUCCCUGGGUUCUCCAAUCAUACCCAGAAUCCUCGAAGCUCGCGAGGCUUCUCCAAUCACUUCCAGAAGACUAGAAGCUCGUGACGAGACAGCGCCACCUCUGGCAGAAAACUGCAACGAAUAUAAAUUCAAACCCGUGGGCGACAAGAAAGAAGACAAAGGCGCCGAAGCCCUAUGCGCCCGACUAUGUGAAAACAUCAAGAAGAAUAAGGAAAGCCCGACGAGCAGGUUGUUCGAGGUUAAGCUUAAUAAACUUUGUGCCGUUCCUCCACCACUACCACCAGCUUAG